UAUUCAAAUUUUUAAGCAUGACUGGUGGACCUGCGCCUUAAUAUUUAAUACCUGAACUAUAAUACUCGCCCUUCCUUUGUGCUGACUGUAUUAUUACACCUUCACAAUUACCAAAACACCCUCAUUCCUACUCUCAAUUUCUCAUCAUCACAAGGGCAUAAUCGUCAAAUCAAUCCCCCAAAAACCCAUUUAAAAAAGUCUAAAAUUUCACAUCAAUUUUCUCUCUCCUCCAUCACUUUCUCUCUCCUACCACACUUUCUCUCUCCUCCAUUUCCAUCAUCAAUGGCUUCAACGGCGUUCCGUCUCCGCCGUAUCGCCGCCAUCGCCGCCGCAUCCUCCGCCGCAACAAUCACAUUUACAGUCUCUUCUUCCAGAAAUGACCGCGGAACUACGGUGGGACCCGAAAUUCUGGCCAAAGUUUCCGACGCAAACGCCGUCGUUCCACCUCGACGGGCUCAAAUGUCGGCGUUGUCCGGUUCCACCGCCGAAAAACCGUUGGAUGUGCUCGUGAUUGGCGGUGGUGCUACCGGGUGCGGUGUCGCGCUUGAUGCUGCUACUAGAGGUCUUCGUGUUGGGGUUGUUGAGAUGGAGGAUUUCGCUUCUGGAACUUCUUCUAGGUCUACUAAGUUAAUUCAUGGAGGUGUACGCUACCUUGAGAAAGCUGUAUUCAAUGUUGAUUAUGGGCAACUGAAACUUGUCUUCCAUGCACUUAAGGAACGCAAACAGCUGAUAGAUAAUGCUCCACAUCUGUGCCACUCUUUGCCAUGCAUGACCCCAUGCUUUGGAUGGUUUGAAGUGGUAUACUACUGGGCGGGAUUGAAACUAUAUGAUCUAGUUGCAGGGGCAAGAUUGCUACAUCUAUCAAGAUAUUACUCAGCACAACAGUCUAUUGAGCUCUUUCCCACUCUUACAAGAAUGGGAAAUGAUAGAAGUUUGAAGGGCACUGUAGUGUAUUAUGAUGGGCAGAUGAAUGACUCUCGACUUAAUGUUGGUUUGGCAUGCACAGCAGCAUUAGCUGGUGCCUCUGUGCUAAAUCAUGCUGAAGUUGUUUCAUUACUUAAGGAUGAAGCUGAUGGGCGGAUAAUUGGUGCAAGAAUACAUGACAAUCUCUCUGGUGAGGAGUUUGAUACAUAUGCUAAAGUUGUGGUAAAUGCUGCUGGGCCUUUUUGUGACUUUGUUCGGAAACUGGCUGAUAAGGCUGCGCCACCAAUGAUAUCUCCUAGCAGCGGAGUACAUAUUGUUCUCCCUGACUACUACUCUCCAGAAGGGAUGGGGUUAAUUGUUCCAAAAACUAAGGAUGGACGUGUUGUAUUCAUGCUUCCAUGGCUGGGAAGGACAUUAGCAGGGACUACAGAUUCUAAUACUGCCAUCACAAUGCUGCCAGAACCACAUGAGGAUGAAAUUCAAUUCAUAUUGGAUGCUCUCACUGAUUACCUCUGCAUCAAGGUACGCCGAACAGAUGUUCUUUCUGCAUGGAGUGGCAUUCGCCCGUUGGCUAUUGAUCCAAGAGCCAAGAACACAGAAAGCAUAUCUCGUGAUCAUGUUGUUUGUGAAGAUUUCCCUGGUUUGGUUACCAUAACCGGUGGAAAAUGGACCACAUAUAGAAGCAUGGCUGAAGAUGCUGUUGAUGCUGCAAUUAAGGCCGGAAAUCUUAAAGCCAAUGAAUGCAUGACUCACAACUUGAUACUUACUGGCGGCCAUGGUUGGGAUCCUUCCAAUUUUACUGUUAUUGCUCAACAGUAUGUCCGAAUGAAGAAGACGUCUGAUGGAAGAGUCGUUCCUGGUGUCAUGGACACUGCUGUAGCAAAGCAUUUAUCGCAAGCAUAUGGUACAUUGGCUGAGCGGGUGGCUUCCAUAGCUCAGAAUGAAGGUUUGGGCAAGCGCCUUGCCCACGGAUACCCUUUUCUUGAAGCAGAAGUAGCUUACUGUGCUCGAUACGAGUAUUGUGAGGCUGCGACUGAUUUUAUAGCUCGGAGAUGUCGGCUUGCUUUUCUGGAUACUGAUGCAGCUAGUCAAGCUCUGCCCCGCGUCAUUGAAAUACUAGCAGCAGAACAUAAUUGGGAUAAAUCGAGAAAGAAUGAUGAGUUUAAGAAGGCUAAGGAAUUCCUGGAGACCUUCAAAUCAUCAAAAAAUGCUCAGUUUCAUGACGGUAAACAUGAGUAGGAUACCUAUUUUUAUCUUCGAUUUACUUUUUGGAUCAUAGAAGUACUCAAGAAUUUCCAACUAUUGGCAAAAUUCUUGGCAUUGCCCUGCAUCUUUUGGUCAAGAUUGGUUCUUCUCCAAGUCUUCUAUAGGGCCAGAAGUUGACCCUUUUACAAAUAAUGAAACAUAAUCCCAUACUAUAUUACCGGAUUCUGUAAAGUCUAAACCACACAUAAAACUGUAAAUGCAUUUUUUACUUGUAGCAGUUAAAUGCAUCUUUUCUGACAUUAGAUAGUAGCUUGAGAUUACAAUUCUCAUCCCAAAUAAUGUCGUUUUUUUUUUUCUUUUUGGGGGGGUGGGGGGCAGGGGGUCUGAGUGCUGCUAUAGUAAGCUGGCGUUUGACCCCAGUCAUCUAGUUCGAUAGCAGCGGAUGUACUAACCAUCUUGAUCUUUGAGUCAUGUACUCCGUAGCUUAUACUGUUAGUGAUGAAUUUGAUACUCGUAGUAUAUGGGGCAUACAUGGAUAGGUAUUUUAGAGUGUUUCCUUUGUGCUGAUGUAAAUUUCGUAAUUGUCUUUAUUCAUGCUAUUAUGUUCUUUAAUUGUCAAUACAAUAUCAUGGUGGCCCGACACCAGCAGACAGCGAAAAGAAACUCAGGUAGGAUUGUAGAGCUUUGCGCCAAAAAUCAUCUCAGAUGGAAAUUGUGCUAUUUCUGGAAACUAUAUUCUAUAAUGCCUUGAAAAAUUGUGGGAAGAUAUGCUUGUCGAUUUUUGAAAUUGUCUCAAUGUGGAACUAGUUACUUGUGCAGUCUUAGACUUGGUGGAGGGUGAACCUCAAGUUUUUUAACUAUUGAUUGUUUUUGUUUAAUGGGGAAGGAUAAUUAGGCUAGAUUGUUUACUCGUAUUUAUUGGUAAGAAAGAUCUUAUUAAAAAGUACCCUCUCACAAAUUAGUCAAUUCAGCUAUAUAGGUAAAUACUUGAGAGUAAUAACGGAAGGUAAGAGAUUAAGAGAAUCACCUAAAUCCAAACAUGUAUGGUGGAUUGGUAGGGCUUGAAAAUACAAACCUCAAUGUCUUUUCUUGAGUUUUUCACCAUAUUCAAUAAGCAUGCUUGGUUAAGGUGAGCUUGUAUAUUAUGAUCAAAUUAAUUACAAAAAGUAACUAUUUGGUUUGUAAUUUGGGAAUGCAAAACCUUUUUUUUUUUUUUUGGAAUUAA